UACGCCCUUGUUCCGUGUUUAACUUAACUAUCACUCACUACCAAAUUCCCCUCUGUAAUUCCCUUUUCAAAAUCUCUACCUCCAGAUUUAUCAAAUUCAAUAAAAACUGCACGAUUAUUGUAUAUUAUUAAUGAAUUAAACAAAUCGUUGAAAGGAACGGCUUCCCACAAAGCGGAUAAAUCAACUGAAUUUAACUCUCUCUGUCCUUCGACAUUUUAUUUCAUAAUCUGAUCGCACUUUCUUCUCGCAGCAGACGCUGCCGACAGAUUUUCAGUAGAAAGGAAGGUAGGUUUUUUAACUUCUCUGAAGCGCGAUCCAGGAAAGAAGAAAAUGGUGAUGGAAAGGGGCGCGAGUUCGAACAAUUGUGGGGAGAAUUCGCCUCUUCUGCCUGCAUACAGACACAAGAGGGAAGAAUUGCUUUCAUCGACGUGGAAAUCUUUCGGGAAUAUAUUGAUCGCCAUAGUGGGUGCAGGUGUUCUUGGAUUGCCCUACACUUUCAAGACAACGGGAUGGCUUACAGGAAUUAUAAUGCUAGGAAUUGUGGCGGCGCUAACAUAUUAUUGCAUGAUGCUGCUGGUCUGGACGAAGAGGAAGCUAGAAAAUGAUGGCUGUGUAAAAAUGGGCAGCUUUGGCGAUGUGGCCUUCACUAUAAGCGGCUCCAAUGGCAAGCUUAUGGUGGAUUUCAUGAUAGUCCUCAGCCAGGCAGGGUUUUGUGUAAGUUACCUCAUUUUCAUCGGUAACAGUCUUUCUUCUAUUUUAUCGAAGCCGGAGCCGAUGAUGAAUUAUAACUAUUUGCAUUUUCCCAGUCCAAGCUCAAAUAAGUUCCUCCUGGGGGAGUACAAGAUAUUGGGCAUUGCUGCAAAGACGCUCUUUAUUUGGAUAGUGUUUCCUUUUCAAAUUGGACUUAAUGCGAUUAGAACCCUCACCCAUUUGGCCCCUUUGAGUAUUUUUGCCGAUGUGGUGGACAUUGCAGCAAUGGUGGUUGUGAUGGUGGACGACUUGGUGACCUAUUUGAAUAAUAGACCUGAUUUGCAGGCUUUUACAAGUUUAAGCGUCAUUCCUUACGGCAUCGGAGUGGCUAUCUAUGCCUUUGAAGGAAUUGGCAUGGUGUUGCCCCUUGAGGUGGUGGCAGAUAAGAAGCAUAAAUUUGGUGGAAUCUUGGGUCUGGCUAUUCUUCUCAUCACGCUGACUUAUGGAUGUUUUGGCACGUUGGGAUACUUUGCAUUUGGAGCAGAGACAAGAGACAUCAUUACGCUGAAUUUGGGGAAGAAUUUGAUGACUGAUAUGGUGCAGCUGGCUCUGUGUAUUAAUUUGUUCUUUACAUUUCCUUUGAUGAUGACUCCUGUACACGAGGUCAUGGAGAGCAGAUUCAAUAAAGGCGAGUAUUCACUUCUUCUAAGGUCUCUGUCUGUGCUCUGUACUACAUUAGUUGCCAUGCUGGUACCUAAUUUCGCAGAUUUUCUGUCUCUGGUGGGUAGCAGUGUUUGCUGUGCUCUUGGUUUUGUAUUUCCUGCUAUCUUUCACAUGAUUGCUUGUAGGAGGGAUUGCCCUAAGAUUCAGUUGCUUGCAGAUGCUUUGAUCAUUUGUUUUGGUACUGUUUUUGCUGUCCUGGGGACUACUUCCUCUGUCAAAAAUAUAUUGAGCCCAGUGGUUCAGAAUUGACAUGAUACUAACCCUACAUCAAGUGUUUAUGUGGCGAUUGAUUAGUUUGGGGUAUGCAUAGAUGAUACCUGGGGCCCAACAGCAUCAUGCUCUUCCAAUUGUUUCAUAUGUUAUCAUCUUCCUAGGAAGAGAUAGAGCAAGUAUUGAAGCAGGAAACCAUAAAGUGCUUGUACUUCACAGUAUCCGUGACUCCUUUAUUGCAAAUAAGCCUCACUUACAACAAGAAGGGCAAUGGAAGAAAUGUGUCCACGAACUCUAUAGUGUGCACGUUCUUUUCGUAGAUAUUGCAUUUAAUAAAAAGCUGAAUGUUGACGAUUGAA